AUGGGCCAGACAAAUAGUCAUCGUUUUCCUGAAAGCAAAAUCGUCUUAACAGAACUAAAGUUAAUUAUGGAGAUGGAAAUGGCAGCCAUGGGCAAGUUUCAUUUGGCCCAGCAUUGGCACACUUAUGUCGAACAAGAGGAUGACCAUGCUCAAACCUUGGUUAAAAAUUCCUAUGCUCGUGGCCAAACAACUCCUCCCAAUUCCCACCUCACACCCACGCCAUAA